AAAAUCAGCUGUGGUGAUGUCAGUAGUUUCUAUCAGGGUUUUUCAUAUGCACAUAUAAGGCUUGGCAGUAUUUAGAUCCCCUUUCUCUCUCUUGUUAGCUCUCCAUCUGUUAUACUUUCAGUGUUUGCACCACUGAGAGGCAGGAGGCAGCCAGGGGACACACUGUUCCAACUGUUAUACCUCCUGCACUUCACAUUUCAAAUAUGCCUCUCUUACCUCGUACCCUCCACUAAAGGUGUGAACCUUUUCAGUGAAGGUGUGAAAUGAAUGUCAGGACACAGUGUGUAUACAUGCUUGAAUGUGAAGUCUUUUAUUGUAUGACACGUGAGUCAUUAUAUCGUCAAGACUGAAUCUAAUUUCUCUUUAAUUGCAUUAACAAAGCAUACAACAUUUAAAACUGUAUUGAUAAAAAAAAAUGUAUUAUACACUGAAUCAUAAGGUGUCUCUGGGAGAAGAUGUUGAAUCUGGUGACAAAAGGAGGACUAGAAUCCUGCAGCUCUAUGAAGCUUUUAGCCUCUUUAAGCUCUUUUAUUUUUUUUAUUUUACUUUUUUUUUUAAGUGUCACUGCUCGUAUUUACCUCCAUUCACAACAUUUUUCCAGCAAAAUAAUCUGAUAACUGGAUUUCAGGCUACUUUCUUGUACCAAACAUUACACAGACAAAAUGAGCAACUAGCUGGUAAGGACAGAUGAACAUUCAGGAAGUUAAAGAUUCCAGUGUAUUAUGAUAUUCUUCGGGGUUGGAGGAGACCAAAAAGAGCUAAAAAAAAAAAAAACAACCCAGUAAAUCUUGGACUCACAUUCUUCAGGUGAACACGGACAUGACUACAUUCUAAUGUUGCUGCAUUUCUGCUAGGUAUUUAAGUAUAGAAGUACAGUAGGUAACUGAUGACUAGCAUGUUAGCCUUAACUUUUUAAGGUGUCAAAGUGGCCAAAAGUCUAUGAAUGCAGCUUUAGUGAGUUGUAAAGUGAGACUAGAAGCUCAGAGGUGAUAUUAUAUCCUAUUUUGUAAUUAAAGCUAUUUCCCUUUACAAUGCUCAUCAGAUUUGAGCCAGACACAAGAGGGGAAACUGCACUUCCAGACUGCAGGACUGGCCUGUAUCAAGGUAGGCAGCAGGGAAUGUAAACUAAGAGAAGAGAGAGCACGAUUGCCUACGUUUGCGCGUGUAGUGGUGCGUGUCCUGGUGUGUCCGCAUUUAAGUGCUCAAAGUGUGUUUGCUUGCAUCCGUGCAUGUGAGUGCCAGGGUUAGAGUCCUCCAUUAAGCUGUGUUUACAGUGUGUAGGGCCAGAGUCGCUCUCUGACGCUUGGCCCGGGCUGGGAUCAUCAAUCAGAAAGACUUCCGAAGGCUUCCGGCUGUGAUCCCUGCUGCCUGCCAGACGGACCUUACAUAUGACUUCUGGGAUAUUACACUCUUUUGUUGUUGUAGUAGAAUUGGCAGGGUUGUUCAGAUUCCUGACUUCUGAGGUUUGUCAUAGUUAGUCUAGGUAUGUUGCACUGUGUGCUUUAAUGUUAGUUUGUACUAGUCAUGCUUUUGGGAAAUUGGAGAGAUCCCCACAUGGCCUAAAAUGUUGAGCUUGAUUCCUACUUUUCUUCAGGCAAAGUUUUGAACUUCUUUGAAAUGCUCAAUGUUUAAUAACUGGGUUUUUAAUUUGUUGAUAAUAUUAAGUAUCUGGCAAUUAAACGUGUUCUGGUUGUUUCCAUGUGAUGUACAAGCUAUUUUCAGAAUCCACCUGCAGUUUUGAACAGAUGUAACUACAAUUAACCAUAAUUAUUUUUCUUCGACCGUUAUGUGUUAGGUGUCAGGUAUAUCACACCGAUGCCUGUAUCUCUCUCUGUUAUUGUACAGAGGAUGGGUAAGAAUAAACUGCAAAAGUGCAAAAGUUGAAACAAACAACACGUGCCCAACGUGGUGUUACAGUCAAUGCCUCGUGAAUCUACUGUCACCACGUUUGCAAUGACACAUUAGCUGGGACUUAGACAGAGGAGAGAUGAACAUUUUCUUAGGUGCUUCUGGUUAUCAUUUUGGCCAAACAAGGCUGGCUUGGACAAAAGGCAGUUCAUAGAAAAGGAUGUGGAAAAAAUCUUCUUUUGCUAUUUAAUUUUCAUCAGGUACUGAUAAUUUAUUGUUGUUGGCUGGCUGACAAAGAAUUAGCAGGCAGAAGAUUGUGUAACUCGAGGAGCCCAGUGAAAGAUUUAUAACUACACAAUUGUCUUAUUAAAUCUUAGACAUCCUCAUAGUUUUAUUACUAAUGGUAGAUCAUAAAAACUUAGUCAAAACAAUGAAAGUGUGUUGAGGUUAUGAUUAAGAUAUAGGUAUUUUAAAGUAGCAAUGAAAACCUUUGAUAAUGAUAAUAAAUCCAUCUUUAUAGUGGAAUAUCAUUAAACAGAAAACCUGUUAGAGACACCAUCCAGAAAUUUACCAAUUAGCACUUCACACACAGUAGAGGAGAGGAUAACAGGAAUUGGGUUUUCAGUUCUUGGUCAAGUACCACCAAGUACUGGACAGAUAAAUUCAAAUUUUGAACAGAUGAUGGCUCUGGAUAAAAAGUUAAGGGCUCAACAAAAUUAUUACAAUUCAUCCUAGAGGGGAACAUGAAUAUGGGUACCAAAUAUUUUGGAAACCCAUCUGACAGAUUGCCAGAGUUAUUGGGAUUCAUUCUCUGGGGUCCAUGAAUAUCCGCAUUUUACCCAGUAGUUGUAAAGACAUGUCACUAAAACUCAACAAUGUCAAUCUGAUGGUGCUACAAGAAAGGUCACAGGAUCUCCAAAGUCAAUUACCUUCAUCCUCUGAGGGGCCAUGACUGACUGUGCAAAAUGCUAUGGCAAUCCAACCAAUACUUGUCGAGAUGUUUCAGUCUAGUGAGAGCAACACAAUGACUCUGCCAUCCCUAGAGCCACACUGCAAGUAUCGCUAUAACUUACAAAACAUACAUUAUUCUCUCAACUUCUUUAAAUGAGCCUUGUUUUUGAUCCAGUAAAAUCUAGACAAUCUGUAGGUCAACGUGACUGUCUGAGUUAGCAGGAACCCUUAAUGAUAUCCUUUCAUAAAGAAAGACUGUAAUAGGACCCAUUAUAGAAAUGACCCAAUUGUUUGUGUUGUAACUGUGUGUGUUUGUCCAGUUUCCCCCUAGCUGCAAAUGUGAAGUGUUGUUUUUGACUGUGCUGACCUAGAUGAAACCUGCAAAGGGACACCAUGCAUUAAGAGGCUUCUUCGUGGAAGUAGGUUGCAGUGUCUCUUAGGGUGGAACUUUUGCCUUGGCUAUAACACCACAGGGAGCUUGCUAUAUUUAUGAUGAUGCAGAGAAGGACCAUAAUUGUCCUGUACUGUGCCUAUUCUGCCAGACACAUGUUCAGAACAAAAGCACCACAGUUGGUUCUCUGGCAAUGUGUCAAAGCAACACAGUUUCGCUUCGUUUUUUAACAAGCUGCAGUAGUAACAGUGGAUAGAGGGGCUGAAGUUUAGUUUAAAGCUAUACAUUUGCUUUAUGUGUUACUCACACCCUAUGCCAGUAGCAGAUUUAUCAGUAUUUCAGGGACCACCUAUGAAGAAUUCUUUUCUCUCAGCACCACUGUUGUAGCUUUCUGCUCUGGACUGUUUAAAAUAGGCUGACCUCGGGUGUCCACAAAUAGUAGAAAUGGACUGAAAAAGGGUUCAUGUUUAAAGAAGUUUGACUCUAAUUCAAACAAAGAGUUGUCUGAUUGUUUGAAAGUAUGGUUUAUGAUUAAUCAGGGGAAAACAAAGUUCUUGUAACACAACAUACGUUAUGUCACAGGGGUUGUGGAGAGAAGACGGAUGAAGUCUUCAUAUGUAAAUAUGAUCGUCCACUUCACACUCUCAGCAACUGUGUAAACAACCUGCAAAAGCAAAGUGAAUUUCUCCGAAUGCACACAGCACAGCUGUGUUAUGGUGGUUAAAAAUGACAGAAAAAUAAACUAGCACAGUUUGGCACGUGAGCUUUGAGUGUCCGCCAUGUGGCUGAGGCCCUCUCACCGUGGAGCAGGGCUGUUGGCAGACCUAAUGACAGCUUGUUUUCACAGCCUUUGUGGAUAAGAUGGGGAGAGGGAGGGAUGGUGGGACAGGGGAUGGAGAGAAAGGAAUAACAGUGGUGACUAGCACAAAAGAACCAACGCAGCAAGCAGAGGGAUGAAAAGGAGAAAGCAAAUGAUAAAAGGAGAGGUUAAAAAAAAUUGGUGAGAAAAGAAGUGGGGAGGGAGGGCUCAGUAUCUCUGGGUAGAGCUUGUUCACCCGCAGAGCCAGCCGAGGUGCGCCUGAGCAGCCUGGCUCUCUGAUUGGUGGCGCGCGAUGCAGCUCUCUCCCCUCCCCCCCUGAAGAAAGAGGUGCAGUAGGAGCGUCAGACCCAGACAGCACAAGACUCAGCUACUGAAGCAACAUUUAUCUGAAGCUCUCCCUAAGAUGCAUUCUGCAGAGCAUUUAAGGACAGACUAGAUGAUAGCACAGACCCAGUCUCCUACGACAUAGAGUCUCCUACUACUGGACUUAGGAAUUUAUCAAACAGAUUAGAUUUGAAUUGAUUUCAAAACCUUUACCAGUAGGAUCAGCUAGAAAAGGCAAAGCUGACGUCUAGUGCAUUCGAUUCACCGCAUUGAGAAGGACGGCCACUGGUCACCAUGGGCAGGCAGGGGCACGAUACCUCUGCUGCGGCUCCUGGGAUGCGGAUCCAGCGCUCCCAGAGCAAGAUGAGCCUGUCUGCAUCAUUUGAAGCACUGGCUGUCUAUUUCCCCUGCAUGAACUCCUUCGAUGAGGAGGACGGAGAAGCGGGAGGUAAGAAGUUACGUAGCACGAUCCAGAGAAGUACAGAAACAGGCCUGGCGGUGGAGAUGAGGAGCAGGAUGACUCGGCAGGCCAGCCGGGAGUCCACAGACGGCAGCAUGAACAGCUACAGCUCCGAGGGAAAUCUCAUCUUCCCUGGUGUGAGGCUCUCCUCAGAUGCCCAAUUCAGUGACUUUCUGGAUGGUCUUGGCCCUGCUCAGCUGGUUGGACGACAGACGUUGGCUACUCCACCUAUGGGUGACAUCCAGAUCGGUAUGGUGGAAAAGAAAGGAGCACUGGAGGUGGAGGUAAUCAGAGCCCGUGGCCUUGUGGGAAAACCAGGUUCCAAGGCACUGCCAGCACCAUAUGUAAAGGUCUACCUUUUGGAAAACGGAGUCUGCAUAGCCAAAAAGAAAACAAAAGUAGCAAGAAAAACCUUGGAUCCUCUUUACCAGCAGCAACUGCCGUUUGAAGAGAGUCCAGGAGGGAAGGUUUUACAGGUCAUCGUUUGGGGCGACUAUGGACGUAUGGACCAUAAAUCAUUCAUGGGAGCAGUUCAGAUACUGUUAGACGAGCUGGACCUGUCCAACAUGGUGAUUGGCUGGUUUAAGCUCUUUCCUCCUUCCUCAUUGGUGGACCCUACUCUGGCCCCACUGACAAGAAGAGCUUCCCAAUCCUCACUGGACAGUUUCUCUCGAUCAUAGCAGCGUGUGGACUGAUAGCGUUGUUGUAGCAGCCAGUGUUGCGAUUACAGGUCACGCCCCCCGGUUACACUGCAUGCUUGAUGUUGUGUCUUCUGAGCCUGUUUCUAGGGGUGCAAAAAACGUGAUCCUGUGUUUUGAGCAAAAACGUCGCGCACAUUGUGCACGUGGCGAAGCGUGUUGCAAGCGCCUGGCGGCCGGGAUUGCCGGGUGUUGUUGUUGUUUGGAGGAAGCUGGAAUGAACUCCUUAGCACGAGGAAUCCGUCAGUUCCAGGUUUUCAUCCAAUUCGAAGCCAUGGGGGUCCGUACUGGGAACUGCUAAAUGAGUUCUACAGGAGCCCUUUUCGAAUGAAAAAUAAAUGUUUUUGCUUUCUUUUCUUUUUUCUUUUUUUGUUUUCAUUUGUUUUUUUCUUUUUUUUUUCUUUUAAUGUCAGUGUACUUGUAUCUGAAGGGGGUGACAGUGUUUCUAACCAGAUGCUUGGUCACGCCACGCCAACAGACCUAGCUGUGUAGAUGGAGUUUUGGAGACCAUCGCUUUGGGUGAGGUGUGUCCCAGCUUGUAUCCACACUCCCCCAAACCCCAAAAGAAAAGUCCCGCAUACUCUAGGUUUAUGUACUGAAUCAAACCGUACUGCUAAAUCACAAGAAAGACUUCAAAGUUAAUCAGAGGCAAUAUUGAAGUGGCUACCAUCAACACUCCAGAUUAAAGAGUAACGAUCCAAACCCCAUGAAAAAAAUGUACAAUCUACCAUCAUUCUUUCUCUGUUGAUAUAUUGUAUGAAAAUUAAAUGAGAAAAAAAUUUUUUUUUUUCCUUUUUAGUUCAUUUGCAUGGACACAAAUUUAGCUGAAUUAAAAAAAGAAAAAGAAAAUUAUUUUCUUGAGGCUGCAACUUGCAAAAAAAGAUGAAGAAAAAUAAAUAAAACAGAUCAGCCAUUUUCAACAAUUUAUAUUAUUUUUAAAGAUAAAUUUCACUAGUGCAUGGUUUUCAAGGGGAGUGAAUGCAACAUCGUGAUUAAAAAAAAAACAGACAUUGUUUAUCAUUCUUUAGACCAUUCAUGAGUCUGUGUUUUGCAGACGUGCAGAUAAGGGAAACUUAAAGGAAACUUUUGGAGCUAUUUAACAGAAAAUGUUUAUGUGACAAAAAGUGAUAAUGAAAAUAAAUGUAAAUGAUUUAUUUCAUUGUAAAAGGCUCACGCCUUAUAAAGAUAAACAUUAUGUGCAAAUUGUACAUGUUUCUCUUUUUCUUCCUUGUCCCAGGGUACUUCUCAUUGUACUAUUCAUUGCUACCAUCGUUCAGUCCCCUGAUAUUGUCCAGAUUUUAGGACUGUUGGUUCAUUUACAGUUCUGUAUUGUUUCAGUAUGUAUUUUAUUUUGGAUUUGAUUUGUUUAACAAGCAUGUUGAAAAGGAUUUUCUGCAACAUGGCUUGGGCACACCUUACAGUAACUCAGCAUGUUUUGAUAAAGAUGAUAUUUGGAAUUUUUGCAGUUUCUUGUACAGUGCAUGUCAACUUCAUUACUUUUCUCCCUCACCUUAAAUUGAACUCUACAACAAAUUAGUUCUUGGUCUUCUGCGGCCACUUAUUGAAGUUUUAUCAAAAAACAUUCCACCCCCAAGGUCAUAUUUUCUUUCAGGUUUUUGAGGGAAAAAAAGUGACAAGGAAAAUAUUUUAUAUUUAAUGGAGGUUGACGAAACAGUUGUGAUUGCAAGUGUAUUUUAUUUCAGUAUUGUUGACGAACAUGCAAAAAUAAUCUGUAUUGGUACAGCAAGAGGUCUAUACCUAAUCAAGAGGCAGCAAACAUGCAAGAGAUGUAUGUUGCUGUGGUUCAAUUUUACAGGCACUGUUUGUGAAGAUGAGCUAAUCACAAGUUCAAAUAAGGGAUAUUGCCACAGAAAAUGUUUUUUUCUUGUUUUAAUGAAAAUGAAAUUAAUUUACUAUAUUUUUGUUAGUUUUAUUUAAAAGCCAAGACCAGUUUAUUUUUUAUUUUCUAUUUUUAGUAAUUAUAAAUACUUCUCAUGUCUGGGAAGUAUAUGAAUCUUAUAGUUGCAGUAUGUCUGAAUGAAAUUGAACUGAGGCAUUAUUCCUUUUCCAUAUGACGAUAACGCAUUUUAAUGUCCAAGAAAACCUUUCGCUUUAACAAGCCACAGUAUAUAUUUUCAUUUUGAUUUUCAUUGUACAUACCUUUAGAUGUCAGAAUUUGAAUAAACAAGCUACCAUGAAUAGACUGAUAGACUCUUUUGGAACAGGAAAAAUGCCUCACAUGAUGACAAAGACAUAUGUUAUUUAUCCUUUUGAAUGCCUUUUAAUUUUCUCUUUUUGGUGCAAUGUGUUAAUGCCAAGGCUAUGUCUUGGUUAAGUAUGGUUGAGUACAGAGAUUUAUGUAAGUUAUUUUUCAAAUUAAAAAAUAAAAAAUUGAUAUUACACUGAU